AUGUCACUUGUUGGUUUGAUUCGCAUUAAUAAUGGAAGUAAAAUAUUAAGAUUUAUGGGUAUAACUGAUGAAAGUAUUGAACCAAUGAAGCAAAUUCAACGACAUGUACAACCGACACAAACAAUUUAUACAUUUCAAAGUGAAGAAGUCGAAUUAAAUUUGACAUUUAUUCAACCAGUAUUUAUUCAUUCUCUUGAGCUAUCUUCGUUACCUCUCGGUUAUUUGACUCAUUCAAUUCGUUCACUUUCAUUCAGUCAACAACUUACAGUUCAGAUUUAUAUUGAAAUUUCAGCCGAUUUUGUUGUCAAUUCAUUAGUUAAUGAUCAAGUUGUAUGGGAAGAGACAAGACCAGGAGAACAUCGUUGGCAAUCUUAUAAUCAUGCUCCAUUUCAAACUCAUGGUGAUCAAAUAAAAUCGGAUUGGGGUUAUUUCUAUGUCGCUUCUAGAUCUCCAUUUCUUCGUGAUAGUACACAAACAAAUGUUUCACUAUGUCGAAAAGCAUUCAUUCAAGGAGAUUUCAAUCUUCCUAAACGAGAUGAAAGUCAAGGACCACGAUCAGUUCAAAAUGGAUAUCCAGUUUCAUCUUUUCUCUUUGAUUAUGGCCAAAUUAAUCAGAAUAAUAAUAUAUAUUCGUCUUUUCUUGUUUUUUUUCAUGAUGAACAAUUAUCUAUGAAUUUCUUUUCAAAUUAUCAACGUCCAUAUUGGACAAAACUUUAUUCAAAUGCUCAACAAUUACUCGAUGUUGCCUUUCAAAGUUUUAAUGAUAUUCAAGAAGAAGCUGAUGAAUAUGACAAAAUACUUAUUGAUCGAUACACAAAUGUAGCAGGUGAUCAAUAUGCUACACUUGUCUCACUUGUGCAUCGACAAGUAACCGGAGCUUGUGUAACAGUAUGGAAUGAUGAACGACAAGAAGUAUGGUCUUAUAUGAAAGAACAAAGUUCAGAUGGUGAUGUGAGUACUGUUGAUGUUAUUUCACCAGCUGCUCCAUUUUUUCUUACGCUUGGACCUGAAUAUUUACGUCGACUUAUGCUUCCUUUAUUGGCCUACGCAAAUAACGAAACUUACGUGCGAUAUACAUUACCUUGGGCACCUCAUCAUCUUGGUGAUUGGCCACUUAAUGAUUCAUUACCAGAUCCAAAAAAUCAAUUGUGUACUGACGAUUUUGAAGGUCCUUCAGCACACAAUGCUAAUCUAGCUUUAAAAGGUAUAAUCGGUCUUGGAGCGUAUUCUAUUUUGCUUUCGAUGGGUUUGGGCAAUCAAAGUCAGGCUGAUCUAUAUAUGCAACAAGCUAUAAGUUUUUCUUAUGAUUGGGCAAUGUUAGACUGGAAUGGACUUGAUCAUUUUCGUCUUGAAUAUAAUGCUUCCGCUUCAUCUUGGUCACAAAAAUACAAUAUGUUUUGGUCAUUUGUCAUUGGAUUAGAUGAUAUUCUUUUUGGAAAAUUGUUGAUACGAGAUAUCGAAUUAGUCUAUUAUGAAACAAGAAUGAAUCGAUUUGGUCUACCUUUAGAUAAUCGAGGUGUUCUUGCUAAACUUGAUUCAUCAAUGUGGAUAGCUGCAAUGACAAGAGGCAAUACCGAACAACGACAACAAAUUGUCGAUAGUCUUUACACAUUUGCACAUUCAACACCAACACGAUUACCUCUAUCCGAUGUCUACGAUACAACAACGAAUCAGGCUGUGUACUUUACAGCUCGACCUGUUCUUGGUGGUCUUUCGGCUCUUGAUCUACUUUCAGGUUAA